AUGAAAGGAGACUUGCGAGAGACGAGCAAGGCAGUCGUGUUGGUGAACUCGUUCCUACAUGUGAUGAGGAACGCAGAGCUGCUGUACGAGCAAGGCAAGAUCAAGGAGUCUCACUUGGCAAUAGGAAUGCAUGAGGGGAGGCACAUCUAUCGUUUCGAGCAUCCCUCAUUUGGCAUCUCGAAGAUCCUUCUUCCGAACCCCGAUCUUACAAACACCAACAGCCGGGAUGGAAUCCUGUUUCUCCCCUCGGCUGACCAGUUGUUUAUGGAUGGAGGCGAUGCAACGGUCGGUGAAGGGACAAGGGCGUGA